GGGUGGAACGGGCUCGCGAGUGCGCAGGUGGUCGCGUGGUGCGCGGGGCGACCUUGACGGAGUCCCUCCGUCCGCCUCUCGCUCCCGAGAGAACCGGAGCGGAGCCCGCCGACGAGGAUGGACGAGUUAUUAUGGUGAAGUGAGGAGUGCGCUCGCGGCCGGGUAAUCGCUCGGCCGUCGUGUGUCUUGCUUAAAGUGCCCGACAGCAGUGCCGUCCGGUGGUCCCGUUCCCCGGGUAGGUCCGGUGGCCUUCUUCGCGGUUUCCUCCGGGGCCGACCAUGUUAACGGUGGAAUUCCGCUCGAGAGGAAUCUGAAGGCGGGGACUCUGACGUCACUCCGCUCAUGAUAAUGAGAGCGCAGUGAAAUAUGCCAAGGAGACGGAAUGGGGAGAUACCGCUUCCGGAAGGGUGGGACGUCGCCCAGGACUUCGACGGCAAGGUGUAUUUCAUCGACCACAACACCAGGAAAACGACCUGGAUCGACCCUAGGGACAGAUUCACGAAGCCCCAAACCUUCGCGGACUGCAUCGGGAACGAGCUUCCGCUCGGCUGGGAGGAGGCCUACGACAAGCACGUGGGCGCUUACUACAUUAAUCAUGUCAACCAGACGACGCAGCUCGAAGACCCCCGGCAGGAAUGGCGAGCUAUCCAAGAGGCCAUGCUGCGGGAGUACCUUCAGACUGCCCAGGACGUACUCGAGGCCAAGAAGGAGAUCUACGACGUGAAGCAGCAGAGGCUGUGCCUCGCCCAGGACGAGUACAACCAUCUCAACAAUGCCCUGACGACUCUCGGCGCCUCCCGCACCAGUCUGUGUUCCAGCUCGAGUUCCUUGAGCACGAAAUACGACCCUGACCUUCUCAAAUCCGACGUGGCCCUAGCCAGGAGUCGAGUCUCGCGUCUCAAGCGGGAACUGGAGCAGAUCCGCGCGGAGAUGAACUGCACGCAACGAGGAGUCGACACCUUGGCCAGCGUCGAGCAGAAGCUGAGCGCCCACAAUGGCGGCUGCUACAACAUCACCGAAGCGCAGGCCAUUAUGACGGAGCUGAGGAACAUCCAGAAAUCGCUUAGCUCCGGCGAAAAGGAGAAGGCUGAGCUGAUGCAGUCGCUGGCGCAGUUGAAAGACGAACUGACGAGGUUGCAGCUUUGCGAAGGGAGUCCAGAGGCGAGCACCUUGAGUCUUCCGCAGGAGAAGCUGAGCACGGCCUCGCAGACCGACCUCUCCGGCGAGCUGGUGCCGAUCGGCACCAGACUGGCCGAAAUGGCGAGGAUGAGGCUGCAGUACGACGAGGCGAGGAAGAGAAUCCAGCAGAUUCAACAGCAGCUGGCCGACCUCGAGGAGAAGGUGAUGCCUGGUCAGACGGAGAGCGACAAAGACAAGCUGCUGCUCUUCCAGGAGAAGGAGCAGCUGCUCCGGGAACUUCGCAGCAUCACCCCGCGUACUAGAACGCAGCAGGACAUGAAGAAGAUCCAGAGUGAAAUCAGGAGGCUGGAGCAGGACCUGAACAACGCCCUGGAGCUGUCGAACAAGACCAUCACCGACAGGGUGCGCUUGCACGAGGAGAAGCAGCUGCUGUUGCAACAACUGCGCGACGCCCUGCGUUCCAUGGCGAUGCUGGAGGGCCAGCUGAAGACCCUGAGCGCGAGCACGCUGUCGGUAAGCAGCAGCUCCAGCCUGGGCAGCCUGAGUACGACCAGCAGCAAGGGCUCUCUGAGCUCCGGACUCAGCUUCACGGACAUCUACGGUGGACCCCAAUGUCUGGGGCCUGUCCAACAGGAGAGACCCGUCGACAUGGUGGACCUGCACAGGAGAGUGGAAAGGCUGCUUAGGGGGUCGGAACAAAACCUCGGCACCCUGGGCACGCCCUCGCCCGGCAGGUCGCAGCCGAGUCUCUCACCCAGGUCCAGCCUGUCCAGCGUGAGUCCCCCGGUUUCGCCCCUCUACGAGAACGCCCCCGUGGGCCCACCUCCGGCCUACGAGCAGGUCGAGAUGCAGAGGCGCCACCAGAGGCUGCUGGCCUCCAACUCUUCGCCCUUGGACAGGAACCAGCUCGAGGACAAACUCGCCGAACUCAGGCUCAGUCAGCAGGCCAUCCAAGAGCAGCUCGCGGCUAACGCGGAGCACCGCAAGGCGAGUCCUCAGCCUCCGAUGGAGCUCCAGUCCGGGAACAUGUCGCAAGGCAGCGGCCUGGGCAGGCCGGCCCUGCCUCUUCCUCAGGAGCCUCCCCUCUCGCCUAUCAGCGAAACCCCGCCGCCCAUGGGCAUUCGGUCCAGGGCCAGCAGUUCGGGGACCAACACCAGGUCCGUCUCGGCCGCCGUAUCCGACGAGAGCGUCGCCGGCGACUCCGGGGUCUUCGAGGCCUCCAACAGAAGGCGGCUUUCCGGCCUGCUUGGCAUCGAUCCUCUUGCUCUCGGCGAGAUGAAUCUGGAGACGGCCCAAGUGCAGAUCAAACUCAGGUAUUCGGUCAGUGAUGGACUCCUUCACGUCGGCAUCGAGCGGGCGAGGAACCUGGCUGCCCUCUUCAUUCCUGACAACUCGCAAGUGUACAUCAAAACAGCCUUGCUUCCAAUGCAGCCCCCGGUCGGGCACGUGUGCAGCACGAAGCCCGUUACCGACCUGAGGAAGCCCAACUUCGGCGAGACAUUCCCCAUCGCCGUCCCGCUCAAUAAGCUUUACACGAAAACGCUGCAAGUCAACGUCUGGUGCACCGGCGGCGAGUCUGAGGAGUGCUUGGGUUCGGCCCAAGUCUCGCUGGCAGACUUCAGUCCGGAAUCGCCUAGCGUGAAGUGGUACAACAUCCUCUCGUUCCGCUUCAUGCAACCCUCAACCUCGGAGACGCCGAGUACCAGCAAUAGCGUAAUAUCUGGGAAACAAGGGAAGCACGAUAAACAGGAGUCCGAUAUCUCCAUGUACCGAGGCACCCAGGCGCAGAACACUAAGGAGGAAAGCAGCGACGAGAGCACCAUCAUCAGCUCCCAGACUUCAACCUUGACGAGGAAUCAAGGCUGCGAGGAGUUACAGACCGCGGUCUCCCUGAGGCUCGAGGAGCUGGCUAAUUGCCUGGGAAGCCCCGAAGAGGAAGACGAGGAAGGAGACAGCGACAGCGGCAGCGAGGACAGCGACGAGGAAGGCAUCAUCGUUGAGUUCAUGAUGGAGGAGAACGUUCUCGAGGACGUUCUCGAACAUGAGGAGGACGAGGAACUCGCCGAAGAGGAGAACCAUACUCAGGACAAAGAGACGAACACCGAGUGCGUCUUCAUACCGGAACAGGGCAAGCAGAGGAGACUCUCUGCGGCCGGGGUUGUACCCGGUGCCGUCCACGACGACAAGAACUCCAUCGUCAUCAAACGAAGCCAAACGUUCUCCCCUAGCGCGGCCGUUAGCAGAAAUCAUUAUAUAUGUCGGCUGAACCGAAGUGACAGCGACAGCAGCAUGCCACUUUACCGCAGAGGUGGGCCUUUCCAACGAAAUUCCGUUGAGAGACGGUCCCUCCGAUGGCGACGUCCGUCUUCUGCUCUGAGCUGUAAAACAGCCUCGAAAAAAUCCAAUCACCUGCCACCCACGGCCAGAACGUCUCUGGAUCUCGAGCUGGAUCUACAGGCUCAGCACGCUAGGUUGAAUAAUCUCCACGACGAGCUGAGCAGGCUGCGAGACCUGAAACAAAGGCUGGAGCAGGCUCGCGAGAAGGGUGAUACAGACCUGGCCGCUUGGCUGCUGGAGGACCACAAGUUCCAAACUCUGAUGACUCAAGCAGAGAGCGGGAAGAACGGGAAGAGCGCCGAGGACCGAAAAGUCGAAAAGAUGCUGAAGAAGACCUCGAAGGAGAUCUACAAGCUGAGGAAAACGAAGGCAGGGAAGGGAAAACCCGACAUUAUUUCCUUCAAGGAGAAAAUGGCCUUCUUCACCCGCGUGAACGUGAACGUUCCCGUGCUUCCUCCGGAGGACUUUUCGGAGCUGACUUCGCCACCGGUACCUAGUGCCCAACACAGGAGAUACGCAUCGGAACCGGCCACUGGUCAGUCCGUUACCGAUCAUGGUCGGGGUGGUGCCGGUCAGGUCCCAAGGACCGGCUUGAGACCCGUCGUUCAUGGGGCAACAAACGGCAUGUCGACGACGACGGUGAACGGUGUCUCCGCGGGAACCGGAGGCAAGACGGUCAAUGCUGCUUCCAAGAGCGUAGCCGUUCCUGCCGAAAAUUCGGGAAAUGCGACGAACAGUUUAAACAGGUCGGAUAGGUCGAGCAAACCUACCAGGGAAGCUGAAGACAGCAAAAGCACCCAGGGAGCCGGAGGGACGGCCAAGCCAACCGACGAAACCGGCGAUAACGAGCCGAAGAGGUACGAGUACGUCGUCGACAGGGUCCUAGGUGUCGAAGUGUAAUCAUGCGUUAGCUAGAAUGGUACUCGUCGAUAUUCCGAGUCGCCUUUAAACUCGGAGCAUAUGCCGGAGUGAUUGGCGUCUUCCUGAUAGUUAAAUAGCUCAUCCUCGACCCUGGAACCGAAGGAGACUCGACCACGAAGAUCGGUCUCAUCGGAUGCUCGAUGCCGACGCCACGGGGCAGGUGCCAUGCAGGAACCAGGAGUCCUGAGCAAAUAACAUAGUGGACCGCGAGGGGGGGAAAAGAGAACUCUCGCGAAGAAUUCCCGAGCCAGGAGAGAUUCUAUUUGCCAAACUCCUUCGAAGCGAGUCGAUUAUCGAUGACGAUGUCGACGCUCAUUAAGAGGAGAUUUCGAUCUGACUUCAUACCUGGUGGACUCACCCCGCGUAAACAGUUUUUCCGCUGUGUUUCUCGAUAUCGAAGCAAGCUUUAACAGAAAGCGCAUUUCGUGAAACGAGCAACCACGCUGAUCCCUUGACAACGAUAUUCCUAAAUAUUAAAUUGUGGGUUCUAACGCCGGUUUUCUUUUCUGGAGCUUCGGGUAACUCCUUGCGCUAGCCUCGAGGAGCGGGGAGGAACUGCCGGGUCGGUCCACCUACUCUGUAGAAGGCAAAUCUGGAACAUCUCUUAUGAUAUGAGCAUCGUUAACGGGAGCGACGGUCGCUGUCGUUUCUCCUACCGCUACGUUUAAUUUCCAGGAGCCAUCAGUGGUUUUUGUCGUGGUCCAUCGUCGUUGGUGUCGUUCGCACUCGACGCUGGUCGUAACUUCGAAAUCGUUACCACCGCUACUCCCACUAGCCAAUUCGCGAGCGUGACCGCGACGAAGGAGCUCUGUACAUACACGAGAGUAUAAAUUAUUUAAUUCCGACGUCGGUUGAUACUAUUUAAUUAUUGACUAGUUGUACAGAUCAAGCCGGGCUCCGUAUUGGUCUCGAGCGUUAUUUGGUGUCCUUGCGAGCCGGGGCGCACGACCCACCGAGCAGCUGGUCUGCGAUUUGUGAAGAUAUUAGUAGAGCUUGUGCCCCGGUUGCUUGAAUUAGCCCUUGAGUCGGCACCGAGGUCCGGACCCUCGAUUGUAAAGAAUUCCCAACGCCACUUUUAACGUCUCGCUUAAAAUUCCAAUUCCUUAAGGCGAAGUGAAACACGUCGAGGAACUUGAUCGACGUCGAUAAAGAUUUUUCUAAAUGCCUACGUUACCGACGUUCGUUUUUAUAUCGACAG